GAGGAGCUCGGUUUGUUGCAGGAGCGCGUGGCGCUGUUGCCCGUAACUAGGCAGCGGCGCAUAUCUGGCAACCCACGGGACGGCGGGCAGCAGCGGAUUGCACUCUGCCAGUGUAAUAUCAACAUUGGAAAGGACGCGGUCAAAAUACGGAGAUGGCAGUGAAUGUAUACUCCACGUCAGUAACAAUUGAGAACCUGAGUCGACAUGACAUGCUGGCGUGGGUGAACGACUCCCUUCAACUCACCUACACCAAAAUAGAACAAUUAUGUUCAGGGGCGGCUUACUGUCAGUUCAUGGACAUGUUGUUCCCGGGGUGCAUUCUUUUAAAGAAAGUGAAAUUUCAAGCAAAGCUGGAACACGAGUUUAUACACAACUUCAAAGUACUCCAGGCAGCUUUCAAAAGGAUGAACGUUGAUAAAAUAAUUCCAGUGGAAAAAUUAGUGAAAGGAAAAUUCCAGGACAACUUUGAAUUCGUCCAGUGGUUUAAAAAAUUCUUUGAUGCCAAUUAUGACGGAAAAGAGUAUGAUCCCUGUCAAGCUAGACAGGGCCAGGAUGUGGCUCCUCCACCAAAUCCAGGUGAACACUUUUCCCACAAACCCAAGAGAACUGGUCCCUCAGGGCCUCAGAGAACAUCGCCAACAGUACCUAAAAACAUGCCCACACCACAGAGGGUGACCACCACCAUUAGGAAGAACCCCACACAUACCAGAAAUGGGGGAAGUGAUGCUGAAAUCAUGGAGCUUAAUCAACAGUUGAUGGAGCUGAAGUUAACAGUAGAUGGCCUGGAGAAGGAAAGAGAUUUCUACUUCAGCAAACUUCGAGACAUUGAACUGAUCUGUCAAGAACAUGAGACUGAAAACAACCCCAUUAUCAGUAGGAUAAUUGACAUUCUGUAUGCCACAGAGGAUGGCUUUGCACCACCAGAAGACGAUGAAAUAGACGAGCAGGCCCACUUGGACCAGGACGAAUACUGAGCACACAUCGUCGUGACCCUUCACCAUUUCCUCUCCCCACCAAUUUGAAUGACUCCCCUCUAUCGCACGCUGUUAAUAUCCUCUAGGUUUCCUACAAAUGUAUGGGCUCACCAUAUAUACUCUCUCUUUGUCCUCCGACGCUGGUUUAUGCACUACAUAGGUAUCAACAAUCGCUCACCGUCCUCAACCCCAUCCAGACAGUAGCACCAACAACGACACAUCCUAGCCGUCACAGCAUGUUUUACAUAACGACAUAGAGAAUGAAAAAGGUAUCAUAGAUUGUGGGUAGCACAGUGGACUGAAAAAAAAUGUAAAUAUUGUGAUGGGAAAGAUGUUUUUAAAGAAAAAGAAAAUGAAGAAAAAUGCUUGGAAUGCAGUUAUUCGUUGUGAGACUUUCAUACACGUUUUAGUUGAGGUCUGUCUCGGCUCCAUUCAGUAUGAAACGAUCAGUAUCACGCCAUCCAUCUGUCUCCAGCUUCAGUCUGCCUCUCUCACUGACUGUACACGUUUAAAGGGAUAAUUCACGCAGAAAUGGCUAUUCUAUCAAUUUUUUACCCUCAUGUUGUUCCGAACCCGUAUGACUGCUGCAGAAAAUUCAACUGAAGCUUUCAAGCUUGAAAACGAACGCAGACGAACUACAAAAAGCAACAGCUAGAGAAGAUGUCAAGAUUAUCAGCGAAUAACGUUAAUUUCAGUCGAACAGCUUGAGAAGGCUUCUAUUUUUCCGCAUCCUUAUCGAAGCUUAAAAGCUUUGGUUGCUUUCGUUGUACAACAGAAAUAUCAUACAUGUUUGGAAUGGGCAUGUAGGCGAGUAGAUAUUGACAGAAUGUCAUUUUUAGAUCAACUAGCCCUUUAAAUGACUAAAAACAGCAGACGCUAUCAGGACAAAUACCAGUAAUAUAUUAUGAAUCUUUUAUAUCUGCAAAGAUACCGAUGUCAAGUUUGUCAGUGACGCGGUGGAAAUAAAUGCUGAGCUGUAGAGAGGAAUUUUAUACUUUUAAAUGCGAAGGAGCCAGUGACAGGGUAAAUAAAACAAAAAACAAACAAACAAAAAAAAAGACAUGAAAACAUGUCAGCGAGGCUUUAAAAUGUGUGAGACAACAGUAACUUAUGGCACAGGUUGUUUUGCGUAUACCCAGGGAGCAUGUGAAUGUUAUACAUUGACAACUGAUGAGUGAUUGUUUGAAAAUCAUAUUUUUCUGUUGUGCUUGAUUGUGACAUUAUUCUUACACCUCAAAUACUGCUAAAUAGAAACUCACCAAAUGGACGGAAAGCGGUAUUACCGUCAUAUUCAACUAGUGUUCAGGACACCAUUGAGCAUGAGGGACAGUACUCAUUGUUACUGCGUACGUUUCAUUUUAGUGGCAAUCAAACGUGAUACUACUGAUCAGAUGAUGUCAUGUCGAACUGAACUGACGUUUGCUGCUAGUGUUGCUGCAUUUAUGUGUUUUGUUUUGUAUUUAUUUCGCUCAGCUAUUGAAUAGCGUACGGGCUGUGCAUUCUUAACUGUAAGUCAUAUCAGAUUUGUAAAAGGCCCUGAUCAAAUUAAACAGAGAUGCUAGAUGUCAUUGGUUUGAAUCUACUUCUCUCUGUGUUGAGAACCUGAGUCAUCUUGCAUUGUCUCAGUACGGCCAUAAUUGUGUUUGCAUAAGUUGUUUUGAGUAAAUAAACAUUCGUGAAAAUAGA